CAAUAAAAUAACUAUAAUGGAUGCGUACGCCACGUCAACCUCAUCACUGCUACCACGCGCCUUCAUUUCGAUUCCACAAAUAUCCAAAUCCAAACAUCAAUCCCUUUGCGUAGUUCAGUUCCUCUCUGCUUUAUGAAAACUUUCAGGUAGUCCAUUGUGAUAUUCUGGCUGCAUCGCUAACCAUGGCAGAGGUUGCUAGGAGGCACCAUGUUGUUUCAAAUCAUAGUCACAUUUUUUCUCUUUUUAAGCAUUUUGAACAAUGUGAACGCCGGGAUAACUAGCACGUUCAUACGGUCAGAGUGGCCAGCAACUGAUAUCCCUAUUGACAAUGAGGCAUUUGCAGUUCCAAAUGGUCAAAAUGCACCACAACAAGUUCACAUAACUCAAGGUGAUUAUGAUGGUAAAGCUGUAAUAGUCUCAUGGGUUACACCUGAUGAACCAGGAUCCAAUAAAGUACAGUACGGAAAAUCUGAGAAUAAAUAUGAGUUCACAGCAGAGGGGACGGUCAGCAACUACACCUUCUAUAAAUAUAAGUCAGGCUAUAUCCAUCACUGCCUUGUUGACAACCUUGAGUAUAGCACCAAGUACUAUUACAAAAUUGGGAGUGGUGAUACUGCCAGAGAAUUUUGGUUUGAAACACCACCAGAGAUCAAUCCAGAUACUCCUUACAAAUUUGGGAUUAUUGGAGAUAUGGGCCAAACAUAUAAUUCCCUUUCCACUCUGGAGCAUUACAUUCAGAGUGGAGCCACGGCAGUCUUAUUUCUCGGAGAUCUUUCAUAUGCUGAUAGAUAUCAAUAUAAUGAUAUUGGCUUACGUUGGGAUACAUGGGGUCGGUUUGUUGAACGAAGCACUGCAUAUCAACCGUGGAUUUGGAACACAGGAAAUCAUGAAAUCGAGUACUUUCCUGAUUUGGAAGAAGUUACUCCCUUCAAAUCCUACCUCCAACGAUACACUACUCCUUAUAAGGCAUGCAAAAGUAGCAGCCCCCUUUGGUAUGCAAUCAGACGCGCAUCUGCUCAUAUAAUUGUCCUCUCCAGUUAUUCUCCAUUUGUAAAAUACACACCUCAAUGGACGUGGCUGAGACAAGAACUUGAAAAGGUUGACAGGGAAAGGACACCAUGGCUGAUUGUUCUGAUGCACAUUCCAAUCUAUAACAGCAACAGUGUACACUUCAUGGAAGGCGAAAGCAUGAGAAGUGUGUUUGAGAGUUGGUUUGUUGAAUACAAAGUUGAUGUUAUCUUUGCUGGACAUGUUCAUGCCUAUGAAAGAUCAUAUAGAAUUUCAAAUAUAAGGUACAAUGUUACAAGUGGUGAUCCUUACCCUGUACCAGACGAAUCAGCUCCAGUUUACAUAACAGUCGGAGAUGGAGGAAAUCAAGAAGGUCUUGCCGGAAGAUUCCUUGAUCCACAACCAGAGUACUCUGCAUUCCGAGAAGCGAGUUAUGGACAUUCAACAUUGGAGAUUAUGAACCGGACACAUGCACUUUACCAUUGGAACCGGAAUGAUGAUGGGAAGAAGUUGGCCACUGAUGCCUUUGUAUUGCACAACCAGUACUGGGCUAACAAUCGCAGGAGGAGAAAACUGAAGAAGCAUUACCUGAGGAGUGUAGUUGGAGGGAUUGACAAUUAGUGGAGAAGAAAUUAAAGGGCAUUUGCAUGGUUCAAUAGAAAGAAGGGAAUACAAUUGCCAUUGGAUUGGCUAGUUCUACUUUUUAAGCUCUGCAAUCCUCAUUGGCUAAUAAGCUAGGUUUCUUUGUACUAGAACUAUCUGCCUUAGCAAACCCCUCUAUUUCUAAAUCCCUUGUAUUGUUUCCCAUGAAAAAAAAAAACCACUAUUGGAAAGUGAGAUAAUAAGGGAUCAAUAGAUGUGUUGUCUUUCAUGAAACCAAGACUUGCAAAAGUACUGUUUGGAAAGCGAGAACAUAUUGCUAUUUAAAAGAAGAAAGCAAAGAUUUCUUUUUU